UGCAUGACUGGGGGACGUGGGGGAAAAUUGGCGAAGGGCGAAGCGCUCACGAGCAAUGAGAAGAUCGGUGCGGCGAGGAGCAAGACGAAAAGUGGAGUGCUAGCAAACGAGUCGAGCAAGCAAGGAAUCGAGAGUCGGAGCAGAACGAGCGUGCGGUAAGAGAGAGCGAGGUAGGAGCGCGGUGGUGAGGGUGACGACUGGUGCCGUGGACGGUCGGCGGGUCGGACGACCGUGGAGUGAAGCGAAAAAAAACGCGAGUCGGUGGUUUGGUUUGGAUUUGGGUCUGUCAAUCUUGAGAAGGAAAAAACACAUCAAUUGUGAAUAGUCAAUGAAAAGACGGUAGCUGUUUUCGAAGAACAAAGACAGAAAGAUUGACAGAAGAGCGAGUGAGAGAGUGAUACAUAGACGAAGAGGGAGAAAAGAGGGAGAGAGAACUGGGUGUCGAGGUUGGUGAGCGCGGAGGACAAGUGCCGGGAGCUCUUUCGGAGCUCCUCUUGUGUUGUGACGUCGGUAACAGACGUGAAAAGCAAAGGUGAACCAUAGAAAAGCCGUGGAAUCAUGUCCGACAGGGAGAGCUUGGACGACCAACCGCAAAAAUAUGGGAACCCUGGAGGUAUGGAUGCUGGAGGAGCUGAUUUUGAUGCUGGUCAGCAUGGUCAACAGGGUGAACAGGAAUUGGCAACUAAAAUGCUUCAAAUUCAAAGUAAGCGAUUCUACCUUGAUGUCAAACAAAAUCGACGCGGGAGGUUUAUUAAAGUUGCAGAGAUUGGAGCGGAUGGCAGACGUAGUCAAAUAUUUCUAGCCUUAAGUACAGCAUCAGAAUUUCGUGAUCAUCUUUCAACGUUUAGUGAUUUUUAUGCAUCACUAGGUCCACCAAAUCCAGAAAAUGUCCCGGAAGAUGGAAAACUCAAAUCUGAAAUGAUGGUGAAAGACAAUAGACGAUACUAUUUGGAUCUCAAAGAAAAUACCCGUGGCCGUUUCCUGCGGGUGAGUCACCCUGUAUCUCAAACAAUAACACGAGGUGGUCCAAGAACACAGAUUGCAAUACCAGCACAGGGAAUGAUUGAAUUUCGCGAUGCAUUAACGGACUUAUUAGAAGAAUUUGGUGUUGUUGAUGGUGGUUUUAAAGGUGAUUUACCUGAAGGUCGUUAUAUGCGUGUGGAUAAUAAAAAGUUUUAUUUCGAUAUUGGACAAAACAAUCGUGGUAUUUACAUGAGAAUUUCAGAGGUAAAGACAAACUUUAGAACGGCCAUAACUGUGCCAGAAACAUCCUGGUCGCGGUUUCGUGAUAUAUUUGCGAAUUACUGUGAAAAGAUGAAGGAAGGCGCAGGCGCCAACGUUGCUAGUAUUGGUGCCGAAGGUUUAUCAGAAGUAACUAAGGGUACCGUAGGAUCAGGUCCGCAGGUAUCAUCGCCAUCUUCCACUUCUCAACAGCCUAACCCGAAUCCGAAUUUAGAUUCUAACUUGAUCAAGUGAAAAAGGCUUUAACUGAAACUCGAACAUUGGGAUUACAACUCUAACUCGUUUUCACGUCGUUGAACGUACUAAUGCAACUUGUCAGUACAUAUAUCAUCAUCGUCGCGCCGUCGCCGUCAUCAUCGUCAUCAUCAUUACCAUUUGUUAUAGGUGCCGUCGUAUUAUCAUAGUCAUCAACUAUCUCUAUAAUCAGUCACACUCGUAUUUUUAAAAACUCAUUGCAUAAUUAAUUCAAUUUUUUCGUUAACUAUUUUUGUUUUUAUUGAAUAAUAGCAUAAUAUUGACAUUUAGAUUUAUAUAAAAUUUGAAAGUAAUCUUUUUUAUUUAAUAAUCAAUUACUUAUGAGUCGUUUGACUUAAUUUAUAUUUUCAAUGAAAUUUUUUCUCCUAUUUAGACGCUUAUAGACGUCGAAAUGUUAAUUAUUAUUCAUGUAGAAUUAAUUCUAUCUUAAAAUAUGUUAUGUUAUAAUUGAAUUUGAUCGUUCAGAUUUUAUGGAUACAUAAUUAAUUGUUAUGUAAGUAUAUGAAAAAAAUUUAGGAUUGUUUUUUUAUAUAUAUAUAACACGCAGCUUAGAACAAAGCAUAGAAAUUAGAAUAAUAACAGAUGAACAUACAACGAGGAAACAAUUGAUGUCCUCGAAAGUGGUCUUCUACCUCGACAUUGCAUUCAGUAGAAAUAAUUAUUUUAAUUUCUACUUAAAAAUAAUUAUUUCAAUUUAUUUUUGUCAUACUUUCGUUAUUUUUAUGUCAAUGACUAUCGUUUUUUCAUGUUAAAAAUAUCAACAAAAUAAUAAUAAUAAUAGUAAUGGUUGUCUUUGCAAACCGCACUUACGUCAAACAUUUUUCUUGUUAUACACAAAAAUGAUAUAUAUAAAUAUAUAAUCAUAAUUGUGAAAAAAAAAAUUAAUAAAGUAAUCAAAUACAUCAAAAAGUAGUCAAAGACAUUGAUGUAAUUGUAAAUUAUAUGAUGUUGAUUAAUGAAAAAUUAAUUUCUUAACAUAAUAAAUCUAUAAAUGAAGACAUUCAAUGAUAUUUAAUCGGAAAAUUUAAAUGGAACCAAGAGAAUUUUAAACUAAUUUCAACAAUUUAUAAAAUUGUAGAAAUGAUAAGUGAAAUGGAUUAAUGCAGUAUAUCAUUAUAUUUCAUCUUAAUAAUUGACUAAUGAUAAAUCAUGUGAAAAGUAAUCUUCAAAUUAUUAAAAAAAAAAUUAUGCGGUUCGUAUUUUUUGUGUAAUACUAUGAUUGCGCGACGGCCGAUUUAAAAUAUAUUUGCAUCUUAGAUAUGUAAAGUACAUAAAAAUGCAUAUUAGGUAUUUAUAUAGAUUCUAUAUAUAAUUAUAACUGUGUAAUUAUAAUAAAAUGCCAGUCUCGGGACCUGAUUAAUAGCAAAGAUUUGACUGUGAGCUAAUAAAAAAGACCGAAGUUAUUAAGAUUGAAUGGAAAAAUAGAUGAAAAGUAAAUUUGCUGUCAAUUAGGUCCUCAGUCGGCGUAGGAAGCGACGUAGGGAAAUAUUAAAUUAAUGGCAAGAUUACAAAAUACGAGUUAUACGUAAAAGAAAUGAGUUAUUAGGUCAAGAGAUUAUAAAAGUUCGAGUUGAUUGCCCCUACCCCUCAAGCCAGAGAAUCUUGAUACGCUUUCAUUCUGCAACGCUGUGCUAAUAUCAACAAUUCAAUCAAGAAAAAAUAACUAACUAAUAAAUAUGUAUUUACGUUUAUCUUAUCUAUUAAAAAUGAAAUAGAUAACGCGUCAUUUCGCACUGGUGCGGAAUAAAAUCUAUUAUAUUAAUUAAACGAGGUGUAUUAUACAUACAUGCAUAAUUAAAAAGUGCUAUUUAAUUUCAUUAAAUGACCUAGAGUCAUUUUAUACCUCGUAGCACGUUGAAACAACGGAGUUAUAAUGCAAAAAAAAAUUAUUAUUAUUAUUAUCAUCACUAUUAACUAUUAAUAAUGAUAAUGAAAUAUUAAUUGAAAAACAGACGAUGAUAAUAUGAUGGUAAAAAAGAUAAAAUUAUUUAUGAUUUAGCAAUGUUCAAUUAUUAUCUAUACCAAUUAGAUAUUCAAUUUUUUCAAUUCACUUGUUUUAAAUUAACAAUUUCGGCUGGUCUGAAUUUAUCUAGAAUUAUAUAUAGGAAUCCAAUAAUAUUAAAUCUCACAAUAGAAAUUUUUGAUGUUUAAUGAAUACUGAUCAUGGCUUUAAUAGUGAGAUUCGAUUUUUUGUUCACUUUUUGAAAAAAGAAAAUUUACUAUUAAUUUUUGCUCAUUGAUUAAAUGAGUUGAAUUUAAAUGAACAACGUGAUUCUAAAAAUCUAACUAUAUUUAGAAAAUUCUCAAUGUUAAAAAUUUAUACAUACUUUAAAAAAAAAGAACAUCAUCUAUCAUAAUUUUUUUAUACAUCAUAAUCAAUUUUAAAUAACUAUUGAAAAAUAUAUAUUUUUUUCGUGAAAUUACGUUGUUAACUCGAAAUCAAACCCAUUUUUUUAAUCUAACGAAUUAGCAUAAUAAUAAUAUAUAAAAAAAAAAAACAAAUUAAUUUCCAGCCAAUAGUUAAGUUAAAUUAAUACAAUCAAUGAUUUAUUUUUCAAACUCGGUAUAUCGUAUUAUUAAUAAAAUGAAUAAAUGAGAAUAUUCUUGAAUAAAUACAAAUAUGAAAUUGGAUCAAAAAUUAUAUGACUUAUAAUAACGUAAAGCCAAGAGACGCUCGAAAGAUAACAGAAAGGAAAAUUGUCAGGAUAUCUAAUAGGAGAUAGAAAAAAAGGUAUAGAGAUAAAAAAAGAAAAAAUUGUUCACUGGCGCAGAUGGUAUGACACAUUGUGAUCUAUAUAAAUUACAAAGCAUCAACAAGUAGUAAAUAUUUAAGGUAUAUGUAUAUGUUACUAAUUUAAUUAAUUGAAAAUAAAAAAAAAUUAAAAACACUGAAUGGUACACAAGUACGUUACAUAUACACAUGCGGUCUAGGGAUCUCGCUGAUAACACUAUUAAUUAUAAUUAAUUCAAUAAUACACUAUAAAAUACACUUGAUUGCGAGUAGAAUAAACGUACACAUGCCCUUUAAAAAUAAUUAAGUACGAGAGUAUGCCUGUGGAUAGUAAGAAAAAAAAUUUUAUUUCAAAAAA